AUCCACUUGGAAUUUUCUUUGACAUGUGGUGUUUGGUGUCCACACGAGAUUUUCCAUUACCCCUUUUUGUGCAAUGCUUCGUUUUCUCCUCUUUCUCUCCUCCACGGUAAGCCAUAAACUCUACCUCAAAAAUUAUUGCUUACUGUGAUUAUUGGUGUAAUAAAAACUAUACAAAGUUUGACAUUUUUUAGGAAAGUUCUUCUUGCUGUAUGUUAUUUAGUGUGACCCAGAUGGUUUUUUGAGUCCUUUUUUAAUUUUCAUUAAGGAUUUUUUAGAGAUUUAUCAUAAAUUUCAUAUGAUAACUAUGGAUACUUUGCUCAAAACACCAAACAAGCUUCAAUUUUUACACCCACUUCAUGGUUAUUCAGAAAAAUUGAGCAAUUAUUCAGCCUCCUAUAGUAAGUUGCAAAACCAUGAGCUUAGAUUUGGUUCCAAAAAACCAUUUUUGAAGUGGGGUAAAUGUGUUUGUGGUUUGAGGGCUAGUAGCAGUGCACUUUUGGAGCUUGUUCCUGAAUUUAAGAAAGAGAAUUUGGAUUUUGAACUUCCUUUGUAUGAUUCAUCAAAAGGAACUGUUGUGGAUCUUGCUGUUGUUGGAGGUGGUCCUGCAGGUCUUGCAGUAGCACAGCAAGUUUCUGAAGCAGGGCUUUCAGUUUGUGCUAUUGACCCAAACCCUAGAUUAAUUUGGCCUAAUAAUUAUGGUGUUUGGGUGGAUGAAUUUGAAGCAAUGGAUUUACUUGAUUGCCUUGACACAACUUGGUCUGGUGCUGUUGUUUAUAUUGAUGAUAAAACGAAAAAGGAUCUUGAUAGACCUUAUGGCAGGGUUAAUAGGAAGCUUUUGAAGUCAAAGAUGCUACAAAAAUGCAUAUUAAAUGGUGUGAAGUUUCACCAAGCUAAAGUUAUCAAGGUCAUUCACGAGGAUACCAAAUCAUUGCUGAUUUGUAACGACGGUGUCACGGUUCAGGCUACUGUUGUUCUUGAUGCUACUGGCUUUUCAAGAUGUCUUGUUCAGUAUGAUAAACCGUAUAACCCAGGUUACCAAGUUGCUUACGGGAUUUUGGCCGAGGUUGAUGAACACCCGUUUGAUGUCGAUAAAAUGCUUUUUAUGGACUGGAGAGAUUCACACUUGGACAAUGACAAGGAACUCAAGGAGAGAAACAGUAAAAUACCUACUUUUCUGUAUGCAAUGCCGUUUUCAUCCACCAAGAUAUUUCUUGAAGAAACGUCUCUUGUUGCGCGCCCUGGGUUACGUAUGGAUGAUAUACAGGAUAGAAUGGUUGCUAGGUUGAAACAUUUGGGUAUUAAUGUGAAAAGCAUUGAAGAAGAUGAGCAUUGUGUCAUUCCCAUGGGUGGCCCACUUCCAGUUCUCCCUCAGAGAGUUGUUGGAAUUGGCGGUACAGCCGGGAUGGUUCAUCCUUCAACCGGGUAUAUGGUAGCAAGGACACUAGCUGCAGCUCCUAUCAUUGCUAACGCUAUCGUUCGGUAUCUUGGUUCUGAUAGAGGUCUUUCAGGAGAUGAAAUAUCUGCACAAGUAUGGAAAGACUUAUGGCCAAUCCAAAGGAGGCGACAAAGGGAGUUCUUUUGUUUCGGUAUGGACGUCUUACUGAAGCUUGAUUUACCUGGCACAAGGAGAUUUUUCGAUGCAUUUUUUAAUCUGGAACCUCAUUAUUGGCAUGGAUUCUUAUCAUCAAGACUGUAUCUUCCUGAGCUCUUAUUUUUUGGACUAUCUCUAUUUUCUUAUGCUUCAAAUACAUCUAGGGUAGAGAUUAUGGCAAAGGGAACUCUUCCUUUGGUAAAUAUGGUCAAAAACUUAAUACAAGAUAAAGAAUAAGAUUACUUUCUACUAAUAUGUGUUGUAUGCUACAAAUGUUAUACACUUUCACUUGUAGAUUUCCAAUAAAUAUAUUACAUUGGUUUAAAUCCUGUUAUUCCUC